AUGAAGAAGUCGUUCAUUGAACGAAUAUUUCCCCAUCCGCCUGGAAGUGCAGAUUCUCUACCGCAGUUCCACGAUGACUAUUCGGACUCAUCUCCGCGCUCGGCGGCGUCUCCUCCACGCAUUCUCAUGCAGGACUCAAGUAGAGCGUCGUCCUCUCCUGACCGCCGCCGCAAUGCAUACCUUUCUCCUUCGCAACAUCAUGCAAAGCUGAGCUCGUCUCUAGUGCGCCACGAUGACCCGUUCCUCCAGGUCGAACGGGCGUCCAAGAACCUUGAAAGAACGUUCCAAAGUCUUCUUGAUGCGCAGUCGGAAGGUCUCAGUGCGGGUGGCACUCGAUGGGAAGAGGCAGACGAUGUGUCCUCGGUCGGAAGUCCUACACCCACACCGUCCGUUGCAACGACACCUCUGAGCUCUGGCACGGUGGCAAGGCCCAAAACAGUACCGAUACGACAACCAAAGCCCAAGAAGAUCACCCUGCGAGGAGCACGCCGAGGGCUGGAGAAGUCCAUGCGGGAGUUUGCAGCCCUCAAGCAACAUGAGCUCUCCCUCAUCGACCAAGAAGUUGUAGCCAGGGACAACGCCAUCAGACAAGCAUCAGACUUGAGAGACCGAAGACAACUGCUAGAAGAUGACAUAGACAAAAUCAAGUCCGCUGAAGGACCUGUCAGCUUAAGGACCCAGGUCGAGGCAGUGGAGCAGGAAAUUCAGCAGCUGGAAGCAACACUACUCGAGCUGAGAUCCAAGCACAGAGUACUCGUGAACCAGCUCCGCGAAGUCGAAAGCUCUCGGGACUCCGAAUUGAGCUCUUAUACCGCAUCCCUGGCUCUCAAUGAGAAUCAGGUCAAGUCAUUCCUGAAACGACCACCAGUUCUGCAAAGCCUGAAUGCGGGUCGUGAACCCGGGAUGUACGCCCUCAGGCCGGAGAGGCGGACACUGCAAAUGGCCCAGGAACAAUGGUCGAAUGAAGUUGAGGCAUUAGCGCGGAGAAAGGCCAGCGUUGAGAUUGAGAAGAGCGCACUAGAGGAAGGAUCCAAGUUGUGGCGCGACGCGAUGCAGAGAAUCAGGGAGUUCGAAAAGGAUCUGAAAACACACACGCGGGAACUGGCAGCUCAGUCUCAGUCACAGCUUCACCAAUCGAGUCUUGAGAAUGAGGCGACCCAGUCAACUACAUCUGGAGACCUAUCCAUGACAGUCGUGCUUGCCAAGCUCUCUGCGCUGAUAUCGUCACUGGAAAAGGAUCUCCAGCACGCUGAAGCCAACAAUUGGAAUCUACUCAUUUGUGCCAUUGGCGCUGAAUUAGCAGCGUUCGAGCAAGCGCGCAACCUACUUCAGGAAACCGCAGGGAUACCGUCAGCAAACUCUGGAUCGAUUGAGAGAAUUGGGCAGCCCGCUCCACAAGACGAACGUCGUCCAGUAGACAACGAGUCGCACGAUGACGAGCCCAGCCCCGACCUCCUGGGUGGACAGCUCGAAGACAUGCUUGAGCGCAACGGGACCAGGAGUCCCGGCGGAAGCAGCAACCACAGCCUGGAAGAUACACUUCGCGAGUUCGGCAACCCUCGGGACAAAGGGAAGCAGGGAACAAAAGACGAGCAUGCGGAAGGGCUGGAACAUGGUCCGCUAUCGGGAUCUUCGCACCAUCGGCCCCGACAAUUUGCCCAGCGUGGUGUACAUGAGAGCGACGCGGGCUUGAAUCGGAGGAUGACAUCUGAGAGCGAGGAUGACGAGCCCGGGCCGGAGUUUCUACUGUCGCAUUCUUGA